AUGGAAAGUGUGGCUACCUCGGUCUCACUCAAUCAACCCUGGGUAGCAGCAGGCGAUUUUAAUGUCAUAGCUUCAGCAGAGGAGCGUGAAGGGGGGGCUCCAGCUAAUGCUCGGAACAUAGAUGAAUUUAAUGCUUCCAUGUUCAACUGCGGGCUAUCUACAAUUGAUUUUGAUGGAUCUCGAUUCACAUGGACUAAUGGGUCAGUCUGGCAGCGCUUGGAUCGGGCAUUGGGGAAUAGGCGGUGGUCCGAGGCCUACCCGCUUUCUAGGGUUUCACAUAUGGCCAGAGGGAUAUCGGACCACAGCCCUUUGUUGAUUCGAUGUGCAGGCUAUAGGGUUAGAUCGUCUUGCUUUCGGUUUCUUAAUGUUUGGUGUCGGCACCCCCAGUUCCGGGAGAUAGUGUCGGACGUAUGGAGUAAAGAGGUCUAUGGCAUGGGGAUGGUAAGAUUUUACAACAAGCUCAAAACGGUGCGAGAUAAAUUGAAGCAAUGGAACCGUGUGGUGUUUGGCAAUGUCUCUUCUAAGGUGGCAGAGGCGGAGAAGGAUUUAAAACAGAGGGAGGCGGAGUAUGAUUUGCUUAGAAGUGAGGAGUCGAAGAUUCAUCUCCAUGAGGCCAGAGCGAGAUACAAUCGGACGCUUUCUAUGGAGUGUGAAUUUUGGCAUCAGAAGGCAGGUAUUAAAUGGUUACAGGCGGGGGAUGCUAAUACUGCAUUUUUUCACUCUUGGGUACAGGCCCUCACUGAGCUUCCUUUUGAGGUUCCUAGAGUCACCCAGGAGGAUAACGAGCUCAUGAAACGGCUUCCUAUGAUGGAGGAAAUCCACGAGGACUUCUUCCAGGGUAUGGAGCAACCCAAGAGCUGGUCACACUCUAUGGUGGUGCUCAUCCCAAAAGUGGAGGGUGCAUCCCACUGGCGGGAUUUUUGGCCUAUUAGUCUUUGUAAUGUAAGUUCUAAGAUAGUGUCUAAGAUAUUGGCGAUCAGGAUCAGUAAGCUCCUUCCGAAGCUCAUUUCACCAUGGCAAACCGGGUUUGUUCCAGGACGAGAUAUAGUGGAUAAUGUUCUAUUGGCGCAGGAGCUAGUUUUAGACUUGGAUAGGAGGUUGGUUGACCCAAAUUUGAUCUUGAAACUGGACAUGGAGAAGGCGUACGAUCGGGUCGAUUGGUCUUUUUUAAUUUUUUUGCUUAGGCAGUAUGGUUUUGAAGAGGUAGUAGUGGAUUUGCUCUUUCGAACGUUCUCUAACACUUGGUUCUCGGUCCUAGUUAAUAAGGAACCAACGGGCUUUGUGAAGUCAUAUCAGGGGGUGCGACAGGGUGACCCCCUUUCUCUCGCGCUCUUCUUAUUCGUGGCAGAAUUUCUUGGGAGAGGACUACAAAGGAUUUUUUAUUCCAAGGACAGUAGAUACUUCAUGUCUGCUGGGUCGAAAGUGCCGUAUUUAGCCUUUGGGGAUGAUAUGAUCAUCUUCACUCGGUGCUCGCAGGAUGCGUUGGUGUCCAUUAAGGAUUUUUUGCAGCUCUACCAAAGUUGUUCUGGCCAGAAGGUGAAUAUUACUAAGAGUGCCUUUUACGCAUCGGCUAGGGUUACGGACGCUCAGCGGGCCCUGGUAAGCACGACCCUGGGGUACCAGUGCCAGGGGUUUCCGUUCAGGUAUCUAGGGGUGCCACUGAUUCGUGGUAGGGUUACAUGUGCAGUGUUUGAUGAGUUGCUGGGCAAGGUGCGCCAAAAGCUAUUCCAUUGGAGCUCAAAGAUGCUAUCUAUGGGGGGGAAAAUUGUCCUUUUACGAAGUGUCCUGUGUUCCCUUCCUGUCUACUUACUCCAGGUGCUCCAACCGCCGAAGGCUGUGCUACUGCAUUUAGGCCGAGUGUGCAAUGUUUUCUUGUGGGACACCUCUAUUGAAAGCAAACGGACCCACUGGGCGGCUUGGGAUAAGGUUUGCCGUCCGGUCGAGGAAGGGGGCCUGGGGUUUCGCUCAUUUGAGGACGUCGCAAAGGCUUUCUCAUGUAAGCUCUGGUGGAAGUUGAGGGAACAGGCAUCCAUUUGGGCAGAGUUCAUGCACAUCAAGUAUGUCAGAGGGGGGCAUCCUCUUCUAGUUUCAGUUGACCGCCCGUCCCCAGUUUGGCGCCGUUUGGUAGAGGUGAGAGAUCUCGCAGAGGGGAAUAUCCGGUGGUGUCUGGGGGAGGGCUUAAUUGACUUCUGGCAGGACAGGUGGUGUACUGAUGUUCCGCUCGCCAGUUUGGUGCCAGGGCCUAAGUCUCACAGGUUGGCAGGGGAAUUUUUUCUUUUUGAUGGUUGGGAUGAGCAGUGGCUCAGACGGCUUCUUCCGGGGCACUUAGUGUCGAAGGUCAUGGAGCUGCGUAUAUUUCCCAAUAUGCGAGACCAAAUGAUUUGGGCGGCGUCACCUUCGGGGAGUUUUACUGUGUCUUCAGCUUGGGACGUUCUUCGUUCAAAGCACAAUCGAUCUGUUAUUGAUUCAUUGGUCAGGAGCUCGGUGGUCCCUCUGAAGGUAUCCUUCUUUGCGUGGAGGUUGUUGCGUGGAUGGCUCCCCUUGGAUGAUCUCCUUCAGGGUAGAGGAUUGAGGUUAGCGUCAAAGUGUUACUGCUGUGGCCUAGCGCCAGAAACGGGAGACCAUCUUUUUGUCUCGGGACCUUUAGCAAGAAGUGUCUGGCGGCACUUCUCCCGCCUCUUUGGGCUGAUAGUCCAGGGAAGUGGGGUGGCGAUGAGGCUCGCAUGUUAG